AUGACGGAUACUUCAUCAGUACCAGACGCCUUGUUGACAUUGAGCUGUUUCAGAAUUCGCCUGACUAUAGACGGUGUCGAAAACGAGCUAAGGACUAUACUCUACAAUUCAAAAUAUAUUAAUAAGAUAAUUGAAUAUUACCUAUUUUGCAGAUAUGCCCAAUAUUCCCAUUUCAAAAUAUAUUCAGAAGCCGAUUACUAUAAACUCGAAAUUGAUGGGUACGAAGGAAAUGCAGGAGAUUCCUUGAAUGAUCCUUGGUAUGGAAGCAACAAUAGUCCAUUCUCAACAUAUAACAGAGAUAAUGACAGAUCAAGUUUAAACUGUGCGUCUAUGCUGAAAGGAGGAUGGUGGUGGAAAUCCUGCGGUAGAGGAUUGAAUGGUCUUUAUCUAAAUGAUCCACAAGACCUCACAGCCAGGCAAGGUAUAGUUUGGUUCCGUUGGAAAGGAUGGGAUUACACAUUGAAGAAAUCUGUAAUGAUGAUCAAACCAAGGAGUUUCGUCGGUGGCACCUAGUUUAAAUUCAAACUGAAGUAGCCAAUUUAUAAUCACCGGUGAACUCAUCCUCAUUUCGUCGUUAAACAUUCAUCGAUCAUAAAAUUAUUUAUUUCAGACAAAAUCCUCAACACAGAGUUUACCUACUUUUUACCUCAUAGGAAUAGGCAACGUUUCAUUUCGAUUGAGCUGUGUCU